CAGGGAAGCUGAAGACAUGGCUGGAGUGUUUGACAUAGACCUGGACCAGCCAGAGGACGCAGGCUCUGAGGAUGAGCUGGAGGAGGGGGGUCAGUUAAAUGAAAGCAUGGACCAUGGGGGAGUUGGACCAUAUGAACUUGGUAUGGAACAUUGUGAGAAAUUUGAAAUCUCAGAAACUAGCGUGAACAGAGGGCCGGAAAAGAUCAGACCAGAAUGUUUUGAGCUACUUCGGGUACUUGGUAAAGGGGGCUAUGGAAAGGUUUUUCAAGUAAGAAAAGUAACAGGAGCAAAUACUGGAAAAAUAUUUGCCAUGAAGGUGCUUAAAAAGGCAAUGAUAGUAAGAAAUGCUAAAGAUACAGCUCAUACAAAAGCAGAACGGAAUAUUCUGGAGGAAGUAAAGCAUCCCUUCAUUGUGGAUUUAAUUUAUGCCUUUCAGACCGGUGGAAAACUCUACCUCAUCCUUGAGUAUCUCAGUGGAGGAGAACUAUUUAUGCAGUUAGAAAGAGAAGGAAUAUUUAUGGAAGACACAGCCUGCUUUUACUUGGCAGAAAUCUCCAUGGCUUUGGGGCAUUUACAUCAAAAGGGGAUCAUCUACAGAGACCUGAAGCCGGAGAACAUCAUGCUUAAUCACCAAGGUCAUGUGAAACUAACAGACUUUGGACUAUGCAAAGAAUCUAUUCAUGAUGGAACAGUCACACACACAUUUUGUGGAACAAUAGAAUACAUGGCCCCAGAAAUCUUGAUGAGAAGUGGCCACAAUCGUGCUGUGGAUUGGUGGAGUUUGGGAGCAUUAAUGUAUGACAUGCUGACUGGAGCACCUCUUUUCACUGGGGAGAAUAGAAAGAAAACAAUUGACAAAAUCCUCAAAUGUAAACUUAAUUUGCCUCCCUACCUCACACAAGAAGCUAGAGAUCUCCUCAAAAAGCUGCUGAAAAGGAAUGCUGCUUCUCGCCUUGGAGCUGGUCCUGGGGAUGCUGGAGAAGUUCAAGCUCACCCAUUUUUCAGACACAUUAACUGGGAAGAACUUCUAGCUCGGAAGGUGGAGCCCCCUUUUAAGCCUCUGUUGCAAUCUGAAGAGGAUGUGAGUCAAUUUGAUUCAAAGUUUACACGUCAGACACCUGUUGACAGCCCAGAUGACUCAACUCUUAGUGAAAGUGCCAACCAGGUCUUUCUGGGUUUUACAUAUGUGGCUCCAUCUGUACUUGAAAGUGUGAAAGAAAAGGUUUCCUUUGAACCAAAAAUUCGAUCCCCUCGAAGAUUUAUUGGUAGUCCACGAACACCUGUCAGUCCAGUCAAAUUUUCUCCUGGGGAUUUUUGGGGAAGAGGUGCUUCAGCCAGCACGGCAACUCCUCAGACACCCGCGGAAUACCCAAUGGAAACAAGCGGAAUAGAGCAGAUGGAUGUGACAAUGAGUGGGGAAGCAUCAGCUCCUCUUCCAAUAUGACAGCCCAACUCUGGACCAUACAAAAAGCAAGCUUUCCCCAUGAUCUCCAAAUGGCCAGAGCACCUGCGAAUGAAUCUAUGACAAAGUAAUGCUUUUAAUGAACUUGAAGCAAAAAAAAAAAAAAGAAAAAGAAAAAGGAAGAAAGAACAAAAGUAGAGGAAGUGAUGAUAUCUGGCAAGAUAAAACCAGAAGAAACAAAAUAAUAAGUCUCAGAGUCAGUGUCUUUACCUAGAACACUUUGGAUGGAGUAAAAAUAAACAUGGAUUAAAAAAAUCAAUCAAUGGUGCAAAAUUCAAAAAAACAAAAAACAGGCAAGCAAAAUAGUAUUGUGGAACUCUUAGGCACAUCAGUUAACUGAUUCCUAGUGACAUCUUUCAACCUUAUCAA